ACUAUUGUGAGAGCUUUUCUAUUUUUUAGAAACGUUUUUUGCACAUAAUAAUCAAUAACCAGUAUGGAAGACGAUAAAAGUUUUUUAAUACAUGAAAGUGAACUGGAGGACGAGCUAAGUGUACUAUCAGAUGAUGGAUUUGUAACUGCUGACGAAGUAGAUGAAGAAGUUGAGAAGAAACAGAUUGAUAUUGAUGAAUUUCUUAAACAUGGCGGUGAGUGUGGUCGUUAUCAAGUUUUGGUUCAAGGAUGUAUAAUGUUUGCCAUGUUACCCAUGGUAUAUCCUAUUAUGAUUUUUUAUUACAUUGGUUACGACCCACCAUGGAGAUGUUUAUACAACAAUAACAAUAUUACUCGUAGUGUAGACUUUAAUAAAACUUGUAGCAAUUCAUCAAUGAUAUUUCCACAUGAUGAUAGCAGCAGGUGUGACUUAGAUAGAUCUGAAUGGAAUUUUGAUUACCAUAAAAGCACCUUGGUAACUGAGUUUGACUUGGUUUGCAAUAAAAAUUGGUUAGAUGCGUUAACUGGAUCAAUUGUAUUUGUUGGUUGGGGAAUUGGUAUUAUUAUUAGUGGAUUUUUAUCUGAUCGAUAUGGACGUAAAAGAAUUUUGUAUCCCUGUUUAUUCAUGGCCCUACUACUUCUGCUAUUACAUGCAGUUGUAAAUGAAAUGUGGCAACUUCUUGUUAUACGUUUUUUAAUGGGUAUCUUCUAUUCGGCUCCUGCGUUGAAUAGUUACAUCAUGGUUAUGGAGUUGAUUGGUCCAAACAAGCGUGUCAUGGCAACCACUGUUAUUAACUUCAUGUGGCCAAUUGGUGCAUUAGCAAUGACUCUUAAGGCAAAAUAUAUAGACAGCUGGAGAAUAUUUGUAAUAUUGUGUUCGGCACCAUACUUACUUGGGGUUGUGACAGCUUUAUGUGUCCCGGAAUCCGUUCGCUGGUUGAACUUAAAAGGACGAACAAAAGAAGCUGAAGCCAUUUUACGUAAGGCUGCAAAAUACAACAAAAAAAUAUUACCUUAUGUCUCUUUAAAACCUGCAGAAUUAGACAAGAAACACGGUAAAAAAGCUUCAUAUAUUGACCUGCUUAAAAGAUGGAAAUUAGCAAAAUCAAUGUUAGCACAAGCAUUUAUAUGGUUUCAGAGUGGCAUGACAUACUAUGGACUCAACUGGGCAUUUGCAGAUCUUGGUGGCGAUAUGUAUUCCAACUUCAUCCUUUCUUUUCUUGUUGAGUUACCUGGAGUAUUUCUCGUCUGGUUGUUAAUGCAGAAGAUUGGUCGAAAAAAGACGUGUAUAUUAAUGUGUUCUGGUACAGCGCUGGCUUGUUUUGGUGUUGCAUGUGUUCCGAAAGUUGAAAAGUUGAAAGCACUUCGUGUAGCUCUUGGGUUAAUAGGAAAGUUUAUGAUAAGUAAUGUCUUUGUAGUCGUAUACAUGUGGUCUUCAGAAAUAUAUCCAACUGUACUUAGAACACAAGGUAUGGGUAUAAACAUUGUGACCAGCAGAAUAGGUGCUGCAACUUCUCCAUUCAUCAAAAUCUUAGACCAGUUUCAUGUUGCUGCACCAUUUGCAUUGAUGGUUGUCUGUGCUGUGACUGCCACCCUACUGGCAUUGACACUACCAGAAACUCUAGGAAAACCAACACGAGAAACCUUAGAUGACAUGAUAAGCGAUGGCAUUGAGAUGCGUGCUAUUUAUUCACUUAAUGAAGAUGUGGAAUUUCGUGAUGAGCGCUCACCAAUCCCAAAUGACAAUCCAGAUGAACAAGAAGAUGAAGUGGAAGAAACAGAUCCGUUGUUAAUACCUGAGAUUCAAAUGCUACCUGCCACAUGAGUAUCAAAUGUCCAUAUAGUUUAGACUAUUUUAUUAUUAAUUUUAGUAUGUUAAUAUAACAUUAAAACUACCAACAGAAGAAAUCAUGCUUCAAGGAUUAAAAUACAUAGUUUUAACCUUUUUAAACCUAUUUGUAAUUCUUAUCAAUGUUAAAAUGUGCAUUUACAAGAAAAUAAAAAAGGAAUAAACGUUCCAAAUUUUAGGUUAGUAUUUUGCAAUUUAAAUUUUAUUUAUAUAGUUUUAUUAUGCAUUUAUUUGUUGUAUAUAUAUUUGAAUUUUUUUUAAUAUCGUUGGUUUUAUUUUUAAUCUUUUGUUUGUUUUGAAUGUUUGCGUGUUCAUUUGUGUUUUUUGUUAUAAUGUAUUCAUUAACAGUUCUUCACUCGCAGUAAACUACUUCUCCCGUCGUGGCUGUCCUCUGUAACAGUUAGAAUUUCUAAAGCAAAGAGAGCGUGACCUUUCUUAAAUCUUUGUAUAUUUUCUUGAGAUACUGAAAACAAUUUCUACGGAUAUAUAUUCUGUGAUUAAAGCUUGCAGAGUUGCAACCAGAAAGUCAGGAAAAUUGUAACCAAGGUAUGUUAUUCACCAUCAAUUUUAAUUUAUUAAUAUAAGUGUUAUUUAUGGGAAUAUCUAUUUGUGAUAAUUUGUGCAAAAAAAUGUUUCAAAUGUCUUGAGUGGAAUUUAGCUUCAUUAUAUUUAUGUGUGUGGUCAUGUUAAUAUUUUUUUUAAUUUUUUUUUUUCUUAAAUUUUUUUGUUGUGGUGAUAAAUUUUAUUUCUUUGUAGUAUUUUUUAUUUUUUUUUACUAAUUCUUGUUUGUUAUUUCUUCUGCAACAGUUUAUUUAAACAAUAAUAUAACUCAACUCUGUAUAUAGCUAACAUUUUACAUUGCUUUUACUCGA